AUGCCGAACGCCCCCAAACCGUCGCGGCGGACGGCCUCGCCUGCGCCGGGGCCGGCCGUGAAGGACGAUGGCCUCCUGCCGCAGGGUGCCUCGCCGCGGAUGUCCAAGCUGCUGCUGCGGGCCGCCUCGUCGAGGCCCGCGCGCGAGGGGCCCUCGUUGCCUUCGCCGGGGGGCGCCCUGGCGAGCGUCCUGCCAUGGGGCUCCGACGGGCGACGCGCGGCGGCGGGCGCGCGGGCGCGCCCGAGGCGCCUGGCUCCGAGGGGCGGCGGCGGCAGGGCCCAGCCGUGGCUCCUGCUGCCGAGGAGCUGGGGGAAGGGCUUAUGGACGGGCUCGCUGAAGAACCUGCGGCGAGGCUUGGCGCCGCCCUCGCGCGGUGUCUCAUGGCACCAGCUGCCGGAAGACGGUGACGACCUGUGCUUCGAGCCCCUCACGGGGGCGGCGAGCCCGGUGCCGCCCAGCUGUGCGGCUGGGCCAGCUGCCACCAGCCUGUCCGGCAUCGUGCUGUCCCUGCUGCCGGCGUCGGUCACGGGCCUGCUCUCUUCCCUGGGCCAGGAUGGUUGGGAGAAGCCCGACACGCCUGGCUCCCAGAUGGCACGCUCUGAGGCCACCUGGAAGCUGUCGGACCUUGAGCUCGGUGCCACGGUCGGCGCCGGAAGCUUCGGCCGCGUUCGCGUGGCGUGGGUGAAGGACAGCCCCGAGACCACACCCAUGGCCCUGAAGAUCACCCAUAAGGCAACGCUGAUCAAGGCGAACAUGGUGAAUCAUAUCAAGGACGGGUUCGAUCGAAAUGGGUAG